AUGUCCACAGAAGAGCUAAUUAUAUUAUGGACGUUGAACUUUGACUACAUUUGGCAUCAUUUGUGGCUUAGCCAGUACAAUACCGCCCUUUACACUAAGAAGAAGGAAAAGUUUCGUGCGAAUUUCAUCGGCCAGCCAGAGAAUGGACAAAAAUUAAAGGAACACAUCCAACAGAUAAAGGGUGCUGGUUUCUCUCCCCUCUGGGAGAUUCCGAAAGGGCGACCCCUCAACAAACAAGAAAGUGACAUUUGUUGUGCCACACGGGAGUUACAAGAAGAAACUGGUGUUACCAAAGAAGAGUACCGUCUCUUGUUUCCGUCUUCCUUUCCGAGAGUAUUCUAUCACGUAGAUGCGGGUGUGCGGUACAUAUACAAGUACUUUAUCGCAAUUGCCAAGCCUGAGCUGGCCAGACAAGAACUACAUGACAAUCACACGAACAAAGUCCGUGAAUGUUAUCGGAUGGGGGAGGUAGACAACGUCUGUUGGGCAGAUAUAGAAAAGAUCAGAAGCCUGGAUGGACCAGAUAAGUGGCUUGAAUUUUUGUUGUCUCCUGCGUUUAAAUAUAUAAAAAACUAUGUACAAGGGAAACCCGAAAAGUCCGAAACUGUGCAUGUACGAGAAACUAACGGACUCAUCCGUGUAAAAUAG